CGUUCAUCAACAACAAUGUUUAAGUUCCUGUACGUCGCAAUCUUGGUGGUGGCCAUUUCGGCACAAGAUGAUGGUCAAUACAGACCGGAACUGUACAACCAAGGUGGAAACGAUGGACGUUACUACCCGAGUGAUGAUGGCAAAUACGUGCAUGUAGGUGGUGGUAAUGAUGGACGUUACUACCCUAGCGACGAUGGAAAAUAUGUUCACAUUGGCGACGGCGACAGGGGUCAAUAUAAUGGCGACAAUGGUAAAUACGUCCAUCAAGGAGACGACGCCGGAAAAUACGUGCAUCAAAGCGACGCCGGUAAAUACGUACAUCAAGGAGACAACCCUGGAAAAUACGUGCAUCAAGGAGACAACCCCGGAAAAUAUGUGCACCAAGGAGACAACCCCGGAAAAUAUGUGCACCAAGGAGGUAAUAACGGCGGAAACGGACAAUACAAUGGAAACAACCAACAAGGUGGAAGCGGUUCCGGCAACCGUGGAGGAUCAAACCGAGGCACAGGUGGUAACCCAAACCAGGGUGCAGGUGCAGGCGGUCGUCCAAAUAAUGGUAACAGACCAGGAACAGGCGGCGGACACAACUUCAAUGGAAACCAAGGUCCUUCAUCUCCAACCGGAAAAUUCGAAGGAGGAUGGAGAAUUAUUAAGCACAUCAAAACUCAAGAUGAAGAUGGAUACCAUUACGAGUACGAAACUGAAAACAGAAUCUUCGGCGAAGAAGAAGGAAAACUACACAACAAAGGAACUGAUGAAGAAGCUUUGAAAGCUCAUGGUUACUACAAAUACACCGGACCAGACAACGUAGUGUACCGUGUAGAUUAUACCGCUGAUGAAAAUGGAUUUGUACCACAAGGCGCACAUUUGCACCCUGUUCCCGAAUCAAUUCUAGUCUUGGCCUAUGUGGCUGUAACAUUUGCCCAAGAUGAUGGUCAAUACAGGCCAGAAUUGUAUAACAAAGGUGGUAACGAUGGGCGCUACUACCCCAGUGACGACGGCAAAUACGUGCAUAUCGGCGAUGGCGACAGGGGACAAUACAAUGGCGACAAUGGUCAAUACGUUCAUGUAGACGAUGGCGACAGAGGUCAAUACAAUGGUGACAACGGCAAGUAUGUACACCAAGGAGAUGGCGACAGAGGACAAUACAGACCAGACCAACAUGCAUCUGGAACCGGGCAUGGUUCUGGAAACCGUUUCCCACAUGGUAACGGUAAUGCAAAUGGAGGUGGAAGUGGAGCAGGUAAUGGACAUGGACAUGGAUCUGGAUCUGGAUCUGGAUCAGGAAGCGGAUUUGUACCAAACCGUCCAACCAAUAAUGUAGACAGCUACAACGGCAAAUACAGAAUCAUCCGUUUCGAGAAAGAUCAAGAAGAAGAUGGUUACCAUUAUUUAUAUGAAACCGAAAACAAAAUCUUAGCCGAAGAACAAGGUAAACUCCACAACAAAGGAACCGACCAGGAAGGUAUGAAGGCACAUGGUUUCUUCCAAUAUACUGGCCCAGACAACGUGGAAUAUCGUGUAGAUUACACAGCUGAUGAAAAUGGUUUUGUUCCUCAAGCCAGUCAUUUACCAACUCCUCCUCCAAUUCCAGAAGCAAUCCAAAGAUCCCUUGACUGGUUGAGAAGCCAAGGACAAUUAUAA